GCAAGCUUAUAUUCUUAGCAACUUAAUCCUAUCACUUUCCUUCUUCUCUUAGAAUAUCAAAUGUGCUAGUCAAUGAAUUAAUAAAUCUGGCUAUUGAAUAAAGAUAAACAAUGGAUUCAUUCUGCUUGAAAAGACGUUCUAUUAUUCUGUUGUGUGCGAAAUUGAAUAAAGUAGCAUGUGCUGAAUUUAUAAUGUAUUUGAAAGAACUAAGAUAAAGGAAUAUUAAUUCUUUUCUAAAACUUAUUUUCUCACUAUGCCGUUUCGUCAAAUUAUUCGUUUAAUUUGUUCGACAGUUUCUUGUUUAAAUUUUUCAUGCCGUCAAAGCUAUAGUAUGUAUCAUGUGUUAUAUAGAAACGUAAAACUCGUUGAAGAAAAUCAAAAACCCGUGUUCAGGUCUGAAAAUAUAUUUUCUGAAAAAUUCAGCAAAGAACUAACUUCUAGACUAAAACAAAAUGGACAUGUAUAUGUUUUAGAUCUUAAGGGAGCUGAGUCGAUUGCAUAUCAUCUGACAAAGGACUGGAAUGGCUACAUUUUGGAGGCAAAUCCGGGUCCUGGAAUUUUGACUAAAGCAAUAUUGAAAAUGAGUUCCUGUCAUUUGCGUGUAUUUGAAAAAAAUGAAGAGUUUUUGACUCCUUUAGAAGCUAUGUCCUCCGAACAUUCUAAUUUAGAAGUAGUAAAGGAAGAUUUUAUGUUUCUACCAGCAAUAGAAGCCAGAACUGAUUGUGAAGAAUCGGAAAAUUUGUUCAAAGACAUUCCAAUAUGUUCAUGGAGCAAUGGCAUAUCAUUUCGCUUUUUCUGUAUAAUUUCCAGCAAGAAGAGUGUCAGAUUCUUCCGAUAUUUGUUAGCUGUUCUACCAGAAAGGACUUCUAUUUUUCGUUACGGUCGAUGUGAAUUCUUUCUCUUAUUAACUGAAACAGAAUAUAGGUACAUAAAAGCUGGACCCAAAGAAAAUUUUGCAACUUAUAGAUGGUCAACAGUACUAUACAACCUUUUCUUUGACAUUUUUUGCUUACAAGAGAUUCCCUCUGAAUCACUUUUUCCAGUGCCUACAUCUCAGAAAAAGAAUAAGACUCAAAACACAUCCUCAUUUUACUUUGUUAAACUUGUGCCAAAACCAGAUCUUUUUCCAUCAGAUAACAACCCAAACAAAUUACCAGAUUUAUAUUACUUUGUUCGACAUCAUCUUGCAAAAAGGACAGCUCUUGUAAUCCCAACUCUAGAAACCUGGAUUCCGUUUUGUGGUCCAAGACUUAUUAAGGAAGGAAUGAAUGUAUUUACAAAAUUUGGUGAUCUUAGUCCCAAACAAAUAUUAAUGCUCUUCAACCAAUUUUCCUCAUGGCCCGAAUAUGAAGAUUCAACGUUUCAUGCUGCUUUACAGAGGUACCGAAGCAACAAUCCUUUUAAUGAUGAAGAUAAAGAUAAAUGA